CCCGCCCAUGGCAAUGCCGUUCGAAAUUUUGAACCGCCAACACAAACACACGUGCCAAAAACCAAAUCAGCUCCCCUCGAAUUCGCCACUGAAAUAGCUCUGCUUCCCCCUGACUUCGCCUCUCGCCGUCGCCAUUUCCCCAAGCUUCCUCCUCCAGAACCCACAGAGCACAACAGAGCCUGGUCCUUCCUCCUCGAUUUACCUUCUUCCCGGCGAAAGCAAGUUCACAUUUUCCCUUCGCCAAAGCUCUGUUCGGAACCAUCCCAAUCUUCACCGAAGCCCACUGAGUGUGAGAGGAGGAAAGAUGCCGGAAUCCAGGGAUAGAUUGGUUAGGGAAGUGGACUUCGCCGCCGUUUAUGCUCGCAGUCGUUCAAUCGGGGUUCACACAGACGAGUUGGACAGGGCGCUGUUUGGAUCUCGAGUGUCGGAGCCGGUUCCGGUGGAGCGACCCGGGACAGUGUUCGGGCCUGGGUUUCGUCCCGGUUCGGCCGGAAGUCGUCGUCGUCGAGAUAUUCAGACGAGGAGAAGAAGAUACGCUUCCAGAUCGAGGGGAAUCGAGAACGCGAGUGCUGCGAGGAGUGGUGAGAGAAGAAGCGACCUGCCAUCUUGGUAUCCAAGAACUCCUCUCCAGGACAUAUCCGCCAUUCUCAGGUCCCGCCUGGAAAAGAAGUUGAAUUUCGAUUUUGGGAAUGUGGGCAGAGAGUAUCAGGCCAUUGAAAGGAGGAGGGGAAGGCAGGGAGAAGUGCAAGGCCAAGAAAUUGGGUCACCGACUGUUCAAGGUCCGAGAGUUGCUGCUGACUCUUUCAAAACUCCCAACCCAGUUCAUCUCAAGCAAGGAAAGUCCAAGUCUCCAUAUCCAGCAAGCAGCAGCAGGGUCAAAAGCAAUCCUCGUCCUAAGCUCGGUAAGGUGCAGAAGCUGAUCCACGAGAUUGCAAAUCAACCAUCUCCAGGGGCAGAGUGCUUAACACCAGAGAAAAAGCUACUCAACUCGAUUGACAAAGUUGGGGAAGCAGUGAAGCAGGAGUUGGAUAAGCUUAAGCGUACCCCUGCUGCUAAGAAGGAAGAAAGGGAGAAAAGGGUUCGCACACUGAUGUCAAUGCGGUGAGUUCUGGAUGGAUGGUUGGUUCGUUGGAGCUUGGUUUGGACAUAUUGAUCAUCACCUUCUGGUGGUGAAUGUGCAAGUAGGGUUAGGGUUGUUCGAUCACCUUCUGGUGAUCGCCUUCGAGUUAUGAUCACCUUCUGGUGAUCCCUCGAGUCAUGAUCAUCUUCUGGUGAUCCAAUGAGUCUUGAUCAUCUUCUGAUGAUACCCUUUUGGUGGCUCUCGGAAUUUCGUUUCAGCUCGAUGGCUCCCAAUCAAAACUUUUGAUUGCUUAGUGUAGAUUUAGGAGGUAUCAUUCUGUCUUCAGUCUGUUGAAGAUCUUUUGCUCCAUGUCUUCAUUCUUUUGAAGGCUUUGUUGAAUUGAAUGUAUAUCGGCAUGCUGGAAAGUUUUGUCAUCUAGUGUAUAUAACUAAUCUCCAUAGAUAAUAGAGACGUAAAGGACCAAAUGCAUGAUUCUGGAUUUGUAUUCUUGGUAUGGCUAAUGAACAGUAUGGUUUAGUUGUUCUUCU